UACGUAUCGAUAUAGUCGAAAUGAAAAAAAAAAAUGAAAACAUUAACAUUACAUGGUAAUUGGAUAAUUUUGAUAAUUUUCGUUUAUGGGACGAAUGGCGAUUGCGGCUGCAACAAGCUGGAGAGGGAUGCGACUGUCGUGGAGGAGCCGGAUCAAGUAUGCCAACGACAGGCUCGAAAUACGAACAAGCACUAUCGCGACUACUAUGCUGACGUUGAGGUGGAGCCCGAGAUCGAGGGCAUGUCCCUGAUCCCCGGUGGCAGCGUACACAUUGGCACCGACAUCCCGCACUUCCAAGCAGAUCGGGAGUCGCCCGAGCGGUUGGUGAAACUGAAGGACUUUUACUUGGACAAGCACGAGGUGUCCAACGCGAAGUUUGAAGAGUUUGUGUCGGCCACCAAAUACACGACAGAAGCGGAACGGUUUGGCGACAGUUUUCUCUUCAAAACCCUGCUCAGUGCGGCAGAGCAGAAGCGACUUGAGGACUACCGCGUGGCCAGUGCACCCUGGUGGUACAAGGUCAGUGGAGUGGGCUGGCGAAAUCCCAACGGCGUCGACAGCAGCCUAAACGGUCUCGAACAGCAUCCCGUGGUGCAUGUGUCCUGGCGCGAUGCUGUUGCCUACUGUACCUGGGCCGGAAAGCGUUUGCCCAGCGAAGCAGAGUGGGAGGCGGCCUGCCGAGGGGGCAAGCAACGCAAACUCUUCCCGUGGGGCAAUAAGCUGAUGCCCAAGGAUCAGCACUGGCUGAACAUUUGGCAGGGCGACUUUCCCGAUGGCAACACGGCCGACGAUGGAUACGAGGGCACCUGCCCCGUGGACAGAUACCGCCAGAAUGUGUACGACCUCUACAACAUGGUGGGCAAUGUCUGGGAAUGGACUGCGGAUUUGUGGGACACGAGCGACGUUAGCGAGAGUCCGAAUCGCGUCAAGAAGGGCGGCUCCUACUUGUGCCACAAGUCGUACUGCUUCCGCUACCGCUGUGCGGCUCGUUCGCAAAACACCGAAGAUAGCUCAGCCGGAAAUCUGGGUUUUCGAUGUGCCAAGGAUGCGUGAGGCGGCAUGGUACACAGCAUACAUCGUUCUUUGGAUCUUUUGUACAGUUUUAAAAUAUACUUACUUUUGUGGUCUUGUCUUAAACUA